AUGUAUCAUCCAUCUAUAUGGCAUCCAAUUGAUAUGGCUGCUGCAUUUCGUUCAAUACGUCAAACAACAUCAUCACCAAAUACAAGUCCAGAAAAAACUUCUGUAUCAGGUUUUAAUGCAUCUUUUUCUGUAAAUACACUUCUUAAUAAUCAAUCUUCAUCCGAUCAAAUACGUAUACCAACAACAACAGCACAUCAACAUAAUCUAUUUUCAAGUCUUUUUCAACAUUAUCCAUAUGCACCUGCAUUUCGUCCAUUAUUUAAUGGAACAACAAAUUCAUCAUUAGAAUCUUCAGCAUUUUUACCAGCUGGAAAACGUUUUAAAAAUGAUUCACAUGAUGAAAAUCAUUGUGAAACAACAUCAAAUAAUGAUGAAAGUUUUGGAAAACAUACAGACAAUCGUUGUCGAUCAUCUACAAUUGAUUUACAAAAUCCACAAUGUCCUAUUUGUCAAGUAUCAUUAAAUGGACAAGAUUUAAUUACACAUGUUCAACAAGAACUUGAUAGUAUUAAACGUCGACAACAAUAUAAAUCUAAACGUGAAAAUAAAAUUUUUCAAGAUAAUAAUAAUAAUAUCGAUCAAACAUUCAAAACACGAUAUGAAACUUUUUUACGAGUACGAACAAGUCGACAACAACGUUUAAAUGCUAGAUUACAAUUACAUCAUCGUCGAUCAAUUCGUAAUGAUACACGAAAUUGUCCAAUAUGUUAUCAAUCAAUUCGAAUAAAUUCUGAUGAUGAAUAUUUUUUUACUCAUGUUCAACAAUGUUCAAGAAAAAGAGAACAAUUAGCAGCUGUAGCUGCAAUAGCCAAUCAUCAUCGUUUAUCGUCACCUGAAGAUCCAGAUGUUAAUGUUGUUGAUAUUGAUGAUGAUAUUGAACGAGAUGAAAAAAGUACAAGUGGAACAACUAGUCUUAGUUGUCAAGAAUCAUUUAACAGUGAUCAUAGAUAUUCUCCAUCAACUCAAACAGAUAUAUUAUAUACAAAAUCACCUAAUGUUCCGGAACUUGAUCCACCAAAAUGUGUUGUUUGUAUGUAG